AGCAAAGUUUAAUUUCAGACAUAUCCGACUUCUCUUUUAUUUUUGUUCUUUUUCGUGUGGUAUCAUACCAACCAAGCAUAAUGAGCGACAAUAGUGACGAUGAAUACGAGGAGGAGACUGUCCACAUGGUGGUUGAUCUAGGCUCGGAAAUUGCACCUGAGCUUCUGGAACGCCUUGCGCGAGAAAAUUCUGAAAUGACAUAUUUGGCAACAGAGGACGGUGAACAAUUUAUUCAGCUGGGUGGAAUCACCUUUCGUGGUCAACUGAACGAAACAGUGUGCACUAACCUGCUUUUUGAAGUUCACGAGCGGAAACGCGAAGGCUCUGGUCUUUUGCCGAUUUUGUCUUCGAUAAAAAAGGAAGGUGAAGAGAACGACGAGACACGAGCACGGCGGCAGCAACUACCAUCGCAUUCUGAGUUAACUUUGUCUGUCAUGACGGAUAACGUUACCAUGUGCGAGCGAGUGACGCUUCUAGAAAAAAAAGGAAAACAAAAUACAAGUGUUGAUACAACUAAUACACCGUCAGCCACACCACCACAACCUGGCAAAGCAGAAAACUACGGUGUUCUUUUAGCAGAACAUACCGAUUAAUACCACAUGCCCUUCAAUUCUACAUAUGCAACCUGCCUCCUUUUAACGUACAUCCAUCCUCAACUGAUUCUUAUAACUGCAUCAAGUCAUAUCUUUACAUUUUAUUUUUCUUA